AUGGUCCCCGCAUCCAGCUUGAUUCAGAACCAAAAAGUCAUUGAAAUUGACGGGAAUUUAUCAGUCGAAGAAGCAUGCCAAGUUCUUGUCGAGAACAACAUUUCAUCUGCUCCCGUGUUUGAAGGUAAAGAGAAGGGACAUUACAUUGGCAUGUUUGAUUACGGCGAUGUGAUUGCGUAUAUCUUGCUGGUGCUGCAUCGCAAGCCAGGACAAAAAGGAAACGAUGACCCUAUUGAUCCUGAGUCAUUCGAAAUCAAGGAUAUUGUCCACAGAGCAUUGCAAGGUCAAAAAGUACCUGUUGGCAUGGCAAGUGACUUGUCUCGUAAAAAUCCAUUCUACUCUAUCCUUCAAGAAGCUACUCUGUUGUCAGCUGUAGAGAUAUUUGCAUGUGGAACUCAUAGAGUGAGCAUAUUGAAGCCAGAUGGCAAAAUCGGGGGCAUCUUAUCACAGUCUACGGUUGUCAAAUAUCUGUUUGAAAACAGAAAGCAAUUUCCUGAAGUUGAUCAGAUCUUGGACAAGACGAUUCGAGAAUUGAACCUUGGUAAUGAACCUGUCAUAGGUGUAAAUGACAACUCUAGCGUUUUGGACGCGCUUUCAUUGAUGAGCACUCAUGGUGUCUCUUCAGUAGCAGUGCUGCGCGGAAAGACUGUAUUGGGGAACAUUAGUAUGACAGAUGUCAAGCAUGUCAUGAAAGGGGUUUCACAUCGAUUACUGUGGAAAACAUGUUUCCAAUUUGUAAGCCAUAUCAGGACGCAACAAGGUAUUACAGAUGGACAGGAUCGAUUACCUGUGUUCGAUGUACGUCAAGAGACAUCUUUGGGAUUUACGAUAGCCAAGCUGCUCGCCACUAAAGCACAUCGUGUAUGGGUUGUUGAUGAGCAUAAUCAAGCUACUGGAGUUGUUUCUUUGACAGAUGUCACUCGAACUAUUGCUUCCUUGGUUGGCGUUCAAGUCAAUGAGCGUCGUGCGAGCAUGGCCGUGUUUAGACGUUAA